UGCGUUUGUGUAUGUGUGUGAAAGAGCAAGAGAGACAGAUAGAUUUACAAAAGGCUGCUUUACUGCCGCCUCAGAUGACAUCUGACUUCAGAACAAAGCGAUGUUUUGCGUGGAGUAACGAGCACCUGCCAAAAUCGUCAGACUGUUUGCACACAGAAAUGGCCAUCAAAAGAAUGCUGCUGUGUUCCUGGAUAUUGCUUUGUUUAAGUAUCACUGUGAGGGCUGAGAUAGAACACUUAAGUACAGAUCAAAGUUAUUCAUUGCAAAGAAGUAUAUUACUAAGUGAAAGCAAUUUGUCUAAAUCAAGAGCAAAGCGUGCAGCACCAGCAACAAGUUAUAUUUUGGAUCUUGAAUUGAAUAUUUCAGACAUAUCUGUGUUAUCCAAAAUUGAAAUGCUUUUACAAAGUCUGAUGUUUCCUGUGAAUGUUUCAAAUACCACACAAAUCACCAAUGUAUCCCUUACAACAAUUUGCACUCCAGUGGGUCAAAGCAUGUGGUGCAAUUGCACAGGAGGUCUGGUAUGGACUUCUGCAAACUGCAGCACAUAUGGGGACUGUUAUGGUCUGUAUACAGACAACACCUGUGGAUGUAUAAAAGGAAUGCCAAUGUCAGGAUCCUACUGCCAACCAAAACCACCACCAACAACACCUAUAACAUCAACCAUGACAGCAUCAACAACAACUAUAACAUCAACCACGACAGGUCUGCACAAUCCAAAAAUUAAUGUUUCAGUGCAGUUUAAAAUCAAUGCAGAUUUCACCACUGACUUGACUAACAAAUCAUCAGUUGCAUAUCAGAAUUUAAAAGGAAAAAUUGAAAAAGCAGUAACUGCAAGUUAUUCAAAAACACCAGGCUUUCAAAGUGUUGAAGUCAUUGGGUUCGGGCCAGGCAGUAUUGCCAUAAACAUGAGUGUUACUUUUGACAAUAGCUCAUUGGCUACUGUGAACAACGUGACAGCACAAAAUAACAUUAUAACAAAUGCACUUCAGUCCCAAAAUAUUACAGUUGUGGAUGGAUCCUUUCAAGUAGUACUCUAUGUUCCUGUAAAUUUUAAUGCCAGUCCCUCACCACCUCAAGAUGGAAAUAAUCUGACCUUGACCUGCCCAGUUCAACCUAAUGGUGUCUUUUCAUAUUGGGUACUACCAAAUAAUCAAAGAAUUAAUGCAGUAAACUAUUCUGUUAUUUUAAACACCACUCUGGUAGUGAACAAUAUUGUGAGUACCAAUGACAGUGGUGUUUACACUUGUGUAUAUGCAUUAAAUGGUACAACUUACAAUGCUCAACAAACAAUUACAAUAAUUCCACUGAUGAUCUGUGAUUCAAAUAUUACUUUGUUUUGUGACCAACCAAAAAAUAUAACAUGCUGUGUUAAGUCAACUAACUUCAUUUUCAACUGGACUUUAAAUCCAAUAACGGGAGUUAAUGGAACACAACAGUAUUACAAUGAGAGCUGCUCCAUCUUUACUCUUCAAUCAAACACCAGUUGCACUUCAAACAAUGGAUUUGUUAAUUGCACAGCUUAUAAUUCACCUCUCCAAUUAUCCAUCAAUCAAAUUGUUACUGUCAGAACCAUAUUACUUGGAAGUGUAACUGUGCAAUUUACACCACCAACUUCAACUGUUGGGGAUUCUACAACAGCUGCUUGCACAACAACUACUGUUGGUGCUUAUGACAACAUUUCCUGGGUCAUUGUGCAGAAUGGCAUAAAUGUGCCACUUUCUAAUAGUAGCUCUAUUACCAUAAAUGGCAAAAAGAUCACGUUUUUUUAUAUGACUCAAAAUAUGAGCGGAACAUACUAUUGCAUUUAUACAUAUAUUGGCAGAAAAAUUAAUGGUUCAGCAUCCACGACAGUAUAUUCUCUGCCAGUUGUCACAGUCAAUCCUGUAAUGGCAAAUGUUAAAUGCAAUAAAACCACAUCUCUUGCUUGCUGUGUUGCUAGUGAUAUAACAAAUGUGGUAGUUACUACUGAAACACAAACUCUGCCUUCACCAACAAAAGUUUCCAUUGGCUCCCUCACCUGUUACAACUACACAACAAAUAUAAUCUGCAUGAGCCAUCAAGAAUUUAAUUUUCAGUGCACAGCCACAAAUCCUGCUGGCCGUCAAGGCUCACCAGGCAUAAUGAUGAUAUCAUCCUUUAAUGACAAUUCAGCAUGUAAUGAUACUAACUUUGGUCUUGGAGCAGAAGAUGCCAUUUCAAUUUCCAAUAAUUGCCCUCCGGGUCAAACUGGAACAAUAACUGCAAUGUGCAUUAAUAAAAGUUGGCAACCAACCCUGACAAAUUGUACUUUAAGUGUUAUCCAGGAUAUUUUGAUUACUUCUCAGAAUGAUAUACAGAAUACUGCACAACUACAAGCUAAGUUGCCAGCUUUAAUUGAGCUACUGAAUGUAUCAAUAGCAAACAAUAGCCAAGAAGUCACAGCGUCAUUUGGAACUAUUUCAUCUGUUGUUCAGACACUUGAAAUUUUCUCACAGGCAGUGAAAAGCAUAACCGUCAGUAGUGCCGAAAUGAGUGGAUUUAUUCAUACAGUGUCAGUUUUAAUUUCACCAAAUUCAACGACAACCUGGCAAACAAUGAAUAAUAAUAAUGCAACCCAGAACUUUAGUUCCAAUUUGCUCAAGAGUGUGGAAGCUUUUUCAAGUUCUUUUUCAAUAACAAAUGGUACUGAUUUUAGUGUACAAACAUCUGAACUGGAUCUACGAGCCACAAAAGUCAAUAACUCAAACUAUAAUGAAACUUUCACCAAUUUUAAUACGAGUGGCAGUGUAUCUAUUCUAAAAACAGCACUGGGAACUCAUACAGAAACUGUCAUUGUCAGCAUUGUUUAUGCUACACUUUCUGAAAUACUCCCCAAGAAUAUUAACAGCAAUUUUUCAGUAAAUAGCAUUGUCCUUACAACAACAGUAGUAAAUACAUCUGUUAACAAUGUGGCACUAGGUUUUGGAACAAACAACAAAUCACUAGGAAAUCCUCAGUGUGUCUUCUGGAAUUUCAAUCUUAGUGGUUUAGGAGCUGGAGGGUGGGAUACUUAUGGCUGUUCUUUGAACAGUAAUACUUCAGAUUUAGUUACUUGCUCUUGUAAUCACACAACUUCCUUUUCAAUAUUGAUGUCACCAGAAUACAAUUUUUCUAAAGCACAGGAUCAAAUUUUAACUUACAUUUCUGCUAUUGGACUUGGAAUAUCAAUGGGAAGUUUGGUCUUGUGUCUCAUAAUUGAAAUCUUAGUGUGGCAGAGAGUAACCAAAAAUAAAACCUCUUACAUCCGACAUGUUUGCAUUGUAAACAUUGCUAUAUCUCUGCUAAUUGCUGAUAUUUGGUUCAUCAUAGGGUUUGUUAUUAAAGCAGGUUUGCCCUCCUGCAGUGCAGCAGUCUUCUUUACACACUUUUUUUACCUGGCAAUGUUCUUCUGGAUGUUAAGUUUGGCUCUGCUGCUCUUUUUCCGAACAGUCAUGGUUUUCAAAGACUUAGCAAAGUCCCACUUGAUGGCUAUUGCAUUCUGUCUUGGAUAUGGCUGCCCUGUCAUUAUAGCAGUUGUUACAGUAGCCACUACUGCAUCUGCAAAAGUUUACACAAGAGAUAACGUAUGUUGGCUCAACUGGAAUGAUUCAAAGGCUAUGCUUGCUUUCAUCAUACCCGCCCUAGUCAUCAUUGCCAUCAAUAUGGUCAUUCUUCUUGUGGUUAUCGUAAAACUACUCAGACCAAGUUUAGGAGUCAGACCUAGGGAUGAAGAACGAAGCAAUCUGAAGAUAGUAGGAAGGAGCAUUGCUAUUUUAACACCAUUUUUUGGCCUUACAUGGGGAUUUGGAAUUGGAGUCGCUGUUGCACCAGGGAACUUUGGAAUCAAUGUUGUAUUUGUAAUACUCAAUGCUUUCCAGGGCUUUUUCAUCUUAGUGUUUGGAACUUUGCUUGAUAGCAAGAUUCGUGAAGCUCUCUUUAGGACCCUCUCAUUGUCAAGACUGAGCACAUUCCAGACAAAGAGUACAAGUUUGGACAAACCAUCCAACAGAGUUAAUGAGAGUUUUACUCCCAGCUUUAACAUCUUUGGUAAAAAGGGAAACUAUAAUAUCUCUGAUGCAUCAAGGCAGUUUUCCUCGACUACAUCAGAUUCCAACAGCUACUCAGUUUUAAACUAAAAACAUAUGACUGGUUAUUUUACAUUUUUAUGCUGCCAUGGAAUUCAUUAUAGAGUGCACACUUUGGAAAAAGAAACGUUUCAUCCAUGUAGUUUAUUUUUUGGACAGUUUCAUCUUCUUCUGGGCCCCUAAAUAUAAACAUCAAGCCUGGCAUGCAACAAAUAAUCUGUAUUUGAGCAGCACCUUAUUCAUUUUCACAAUAUCAAAAACUAUUUUUUGCUUUUAGCAUAAAUACAAGGAUGCUAUGAGUUCAGUGUUGUUGCAUGGUUUACAAAACAUAAAUUUUGUACACUGUUGUGAUUUUUUUAACAGUUUGUGCAAAACAAACAUAAUCUUAUCAUUCACCUUUCCACUUUAUAGAAAAUUCUAAUAUAGUGAACUUGUUUAGCCUGGAAAUAUUGUACAUAUUCAAACAUAAUCAGAUAUCUUUCUGUAGGCAUGUAUUGUUAUGGGACAGUAAUAUUUAAUCGUGCAAGUCAACAUACUGCACUUACUUUAUUACACUUCUUAUUGUGAGCACAUAAUGUAAUGUGUCUGUAAGUAUUCUAAAUUUUAAUGUCAAUUCUUUUCUUAUUGUUGGGUGCUAUAUUUUGCAGUCAUUUAAAUGGGGUUUUUACAUAUGAGAUAUAUGAAGCUUUAAGUGAUGGUUACAAUGAAUGACACUUUUAAAAUUUCUGACUAAAAUAAGUA